GGCUCAACCAACGUUUUCAAGGUCCUCAAGGACCCCGCUGCCAGCUCUUGCGUCCCAUCACCCUCCUACCUAGUCAAUGAGACGUGGCAAGACAGAGUUCGCUCAGGUCCAGGCAAGUUUACUCCGCGCCCGACCAGUCAUUGAUGUUUAGAUUUCUGCGUUCGGACGUUGCGGCGUUGACAAAUAAGUCGGCAUUCCUCAAACCCAUGAUUCUCGCGUUCCCUGAUAGAUCGAACUUCUUUGCAAGUCUAUCACAUAUGUCUCCUAACAUUCCAUCCAAGACGCUGGCUGAUGGAAGCCGAGUCCCUGUGCUCGGCUUCGGAUCUGGCACUGCAUGGUACAAGGAUGACCGUUUUGGACCUUUCAACCCCGCGGCCGUAAAAAUGGUCGAGGCAGCCAUCGAAGCCAGGUAUCGUCAUCUCGACUGUGCAGAGGGUUACGGAACUGAGAAGGAGGUUGGGGUUGCUAUCAAGAACAGCGGCGUACCUCGAGAUCAGCUCUUUGUCACAACCAAGGUUGUUGAAACAAUCGAAGACGUACCACGCGCUAUCCAGACCAGCCUUGACAACCUACAGCUGGAUUACGUGGACCUAUAUCUCAUCCAUAGCCCCUACUUCACGACAACAGCUACAGGGCUUCAAGAGGCUUGGAAAGAAAUGGAAAAGGUGCAGCGAUCUGGGAAGGCCGGAGCCAUUGGCGUCUCGAGCUUUUUGCGACCCCACAUGGAAGCCAUUCUGGAAGUCGCGGAGAUCAAGCCAGUCGUGAACCAGAUCGAAUUUCACCCCUACCUCCAGAGAGCCGGCGGAUACGUCCCUUGGCUCCAGGAGAAGGGCAUUGCGGUCCAGAGCUUCUUCGGUCUGGCUCCUCUCACUCAUGCAAAAGGAGGGCCGCUGGACGAGCCACUGGCUAGGAUUGCUGCAAAGCACAACGUCAAUGAGGGUGCGGUGCUCAUCCGCUGGCAUCUCAACCAGGACGUUAUCUCGAUUUCGACGACGAAUAAGCGUGAAAGAAUGGACAACUAUUUCCAGGCCUUGGAUCUCGAGCUUUCGGAGGAGGAAAUGAAAGAGAUUACCGACAUUGGACUGACCCGCCACUUCAGGAUUCGAUUGUCAGAGCUCUUCGACCCAAAUGAUCGCUCUUGAGAUAUGAAGACUCGGAGUGCACAUGGUUCGCAAGAAGGCGAAUCUUGGGUGGUUUCGCUUCUAUUCCGUAUACGUCCGAGGACAUACAUGGUGCCUUCAUGUGGUAGCCUCAUAAGAUGAAUUCAUAGUAAAAUUAGCUCUUAUAAGUCGAAUUCUUACAAGUUUACCUUGUGUCAGAACCUAUCAGAGGAUAUUGUACUUAAGGAUAGGAAUUAC